UCAAGAAAGAGCAAAAGACAUUAAUAAUGAAAUGAAUAGUUUAUUGUGUGGGGAAAAAGGGUUGCUAACUGCAAAGAAGAUGCCAAGUUGCUUGAUGGGAUGGGCAAUUGGAAUUUGGAAUUUGGGAGGUCAGCGAAGCUGAUAAACCUCGCAUCGCUGAUUGAUUUGCAAUCGCAUAGAAAUCCAAUCCAAUAGAAGAAAUACGAAAGAUGAAGAGGUCUCUUAGAAAGUUGGGAGUUCUGGCGGUAGAGAAGCAUGAGCGUGACCGCAGAAACAUUAUGCCUUUGUCCCAGCUAGAGGAGCUCGCUCAGGCUACCCAGGAGAUGCAAGACAUGAGAGACUGCCACGAUAGCUUGCUUUCCGCGGCAGCAGUGGCCGCCAACAGUGCUUAUGAAUUCUCAGAGUCCUUGGGAGAAUUGGGCUCUUGCCUUCUUGAGAAAACCGCCUUGCAUGACGACGAAGAAAGCGGCAAAGUUCUCAUAAUGCUCGGUAAAAUGCAGUUUCAACUCCAGAAGCUUAUUGAUAACUAUCGCUCUCAUAUCACCCAGACAAUUACCAUUCCUUCAGACUCUCUUCUCAAUGAACUUCGAAUUGUUGAGGAUAUGAAGCAACACUGUGAUGAAAAAAGAGAAGUAUAUGAGUCCAUGUUAACAAGAUAUAGAGAAAGAGGUAGGUCUAGAAGCGGAAAAGCAGAGAAUAUUUCCUUGCAGCACUUGCAAAUUGCUCGUGAUGAAUAUGACGAGGAGGCUACAUUAUUUGUUUUCCGCUUGAAAUCUCUGAAGCAAGGGCAAUCAUGGAGCCUUCUAACACAGGCAGCACGUCACCAUGCAGCUCAGUUGUGUUUCUUCAAGAAAGCAGUUAAAUCUCUUGAGACAGUGGAGCCACAUGUAAAAUCAGUAACAGAGCAGCAUCACAUUGAUUACCAAUUCAUUGGUAUUGAAGGAGAGGAUGAGGAUGAAGAUGAAGAUGAUGUAGAUCAUGAUGAUGACAGUCAUGAUGAGAAUGAUGAUGGGGAGCUGAGUUUUGACUAUGCACAAAAUGAAUGCGAGCAAGAUGAUUCUACAUUAGAGAACUCAAUGAAGGAAAUGAACAACCAUAUGAAGAUUGGUAUAGUUGAAGCAAAGCAUGGUCUCUAUCACCUGAUACCAAACCAGUUAACCACCAAAGCUGUGAACUCUACUAUCACUCAUCCUCGAUGCAAUGAAAACUUGGAUAGGCUUUGCAGGAAUUCAUUCUCCUUCAAGGUUAGGUCAGCUAGCCAAUCUGCCCCACUUUUUGUUGAUAAUAAGCGUGAUUCUAGCGAAAAGCUGAGACAGAUGCGGCCAACUUUAUCUCGGAAGUUCAAUUCAUAUGUGCUGCCUACACCAGUUGAUGCGAAGAGUUCAAUAUCUAUGAGGUCAAGUAAUCAAGUACCUUUGAAAAUAAAGACAAAUUUAAAUGAGCCUAUGAAGAAUUUAUGGCAUUCAUCCCCACUAGAACAAAAGAAAUAUGAAAACAUUUUUGGAGAUGGGGGAUUAUCUGGUCCUAAUGCACAGUCUGUACUGAAGGAGAGUAACAGCAAUACUGCCUACUCAAGAUUGCCACCUCCUUUAAUCGAUGGUAAUUUAUCCUCUAGUCAUGAUUAUAUUACCGCUUACUCUAAAAAGCUCAAAAGACAUGCCUUUUCUGGUCCAUUGGUAAGUAAUGCAUGGCCAACCAAGCCUGUCUCGUUAGAAAGUGUCCAAUUGUUUUCUGGACCUCUUUUACGGACCUCAAUUCCUCAGCCUCCAUCAUCAUCUCCAAAAGUAUCUCCCAGUGCUUCUCCCCCUCUUUCAUCUUCUCCUAAAAUAAAUGAGCUUCAUGAACUUCCAAGGCCUCCAACCAUUUCCCCAUCCGAUUCUAAGCUUUUAGGUUUGGUGGGUCAUUCAGGUCCAUUGGUGUCCCGAGGUCCACAGCUUUCUGCUGCAAAUUAUUUGGUUACAUCAAAUGCAGCAUCUCCAUUGCCGAUGCCUGCUUCAGCCAUGGCUCGAAGUUUCUCUACAUCUUAUCGUGGUGCUAAAGUUGCAGCAAUACAUGACUCAAGACCACUAGAAGACCCUAAUAAAUCAACAAUUUCUGAGGAUAUUUAUUCUCCUCCUCUGAUGCAAAUUGCUUUAUCUACUAGUCAGCCAUCAUCAGAUGGCUCUGACACUGUUGCUCAGGCUGUCUAGUCAGGAGGUAAUAUUUAUGAAAAAGUCUUCUUCUCAUUACCUGGUUUCAAGUGAGAAAAAUUGGGCAUGGGGUUAAUACUUAAUCCUAUAAUAUUAAGUUCUUGGAAAGCCCUGUUGGGAUGGAGGAUAACAUUUUAUUGAUUAAGUUCUAUCAUUAGAUACCUCUAUACAAAUAAAUUCUAGAAAUGUGUAUUGACAUUGAAUCUUUUUGAAGCAAUAAAUUCUACAAAUGUGCAUUGGAAAUGAAUCUAUUUAAAGUGCAA